CGAACUCUCUCCCUCGGGGUCAAAUACUUAUACAGGAAGCGAAGGGAUUCCAGCAGCUUCUGUACACGCCGUCGUUAAAGAGGGGGGUUUUCACCAGAUCCAAGCUUAUUUAUUGCAUUUCUCCUCAAUGAUUUGUAAAAAAAGGCCAUAAAGGCAGACAGCAUACCUUCGUCCCAAAGUAAAGAUUAGCUUCAUGGGUGAUGGUCCUGGGAAGAUACAAGUUUUCCCAGAUCACUUUAAAGCAUCAACACCAACUGAGGACCCCCUUGAGAAAAACGGUUCAACUGCUUCACAACCAAGGACUGAUAAUUCUUUGAGGUCGGGUCAUCAUUUCUGGAAUCGAAGAAAAUUAAUCCACGCUGCAUCCAUGCUGAACUUGUUUAGUCGACCGGGACUUCCAUGGGGAUCUGGAACCGAUGAUAAGGUUGAACUAACUACUGUGGAAUUAGAAUCUCUUCGAUCAGAAAUUGCUGAUUUAGAGGAGAAAGAAGCCCAUCUGAAAGCUCAGUUGGAGCAUCUUGAUGAACUUCUGAGGUCUGCUCGCCUGGCUGGCUAUUUGUUUAUUAGAACAAGAUGGACAGCAUUACCGGGGGAACCUCCUAUAGAUGACGCUGAUGUUGAUGAUUGGCUUCCACGCUUUGUUGUUCUCCAUGGUUCAUGUAUCUUCUUCUAUUUAAUGUCAACAGAUCUGAGUCCCCAAGACUCGACUCUAUUAUCAGAUAUUGUUGAAGUUGGUCCACUUCCAAGCUUUAUACGAGAAGAUGAACAUACGCGAUAUUCAUUUUAUAUCUUAACUCGUCAUGGACUGCGGUAUGAGUGCUCGAGUAUUUCUGAAAUACAGGUGGGUUCUUGGUUGGCAGCUUUGCGAACUGACUGUAAAGAAGAAGAAGAAGAGAGAUCUGCUUCUAGGACUGUUAGGACCAUUAUUUCUGCUUCCAAGAGCUCCCCUCUUUUGGCUGAAGGGCGAGCUGUCGCAGCAGCAACCGCAACCUCAUUCAGGGGAAAGGUGCCUUCUUCGGCUUCAUUUUAUGGAAGGGCUGGUUCUAGGAGUUCUUCUAGAGGAUGGAUUUCAGGAGCACUUGCACUUCCAGCUGCAGUUUGCAUGCUCCAGGAGCAGGAGGCACAUGCUGCAGAGAUGGAACGUACUUUCAUUGCUAUUAAGCCUGAUGGAGUGCAGAGAGGGCUGAUUGCAGAAAUAAUUUCACGCUUUGAGCGUAAGGGCUUUAAACUUGUCGCUAUAAAGUUGAUUGCCCCUUCCAAGGAAUUUGCCCAGAAGCAUUAUCAUGAUCUCAAGGACCGGCCUUUCUUUAAUGGCCUUUGCGAUUUCCUCAGUUCGGGUCCUGUCCUUGCCAUGGUUUGGGAAGGUGAAGGUGUUAUAAAAUAUGGUCGGAAACUCAUUGGAGCAACAGAUCCACAAAAAUCUGAGCCAGGAACUAUCAGAGGUGACCUUGCUGUUGUUGUGGGAAGAAACAUCAUCCACGGAAGUGAUGGACCUGAAACUGCGAAAGAUGAAAUCAAUCUCUGGUUCAGGCCGGAGGAGUUGGUCAGCUACACAAGCCAUGCAGAGAAGUGGGUUUAUGGUGUCAACUAAUCGUUAAUUUUCCCUCUUUCUUUUCCUUUUACCUCCUGUUGGUGGAAGUUGCUUUCCCCCCUUUUUAGAAUUCAUUGAUUAGUGGAAGCUGGAAUUGCUUCCUUCUUCGGCUAUCAGUCUCAGGUACGAGAGAGGUAGUAGGGUAGAAUAAGCUUAACCUCAGCUGGGCAUAGUCGUUAGAAAGUAAGAAUAAGGCAGAUUUCGCCGAGGGGAUUGGCUCCUCAUUCACUCACUGCCAACAAUGGAAAAAACAGAAUUUUGUGAAAUAAUAUUAACUUGAUCAAUUCUCGAUUCUCAUGCCAUUUAUGAAUU